GAAGAAGAAGAGAAAUCAGCUACAUCGCUGUCCACCUUAUCCACUUGUACCCCAAUCCCUUUGGCAAAAAACUUGUCACAACCCUUUGAUCCAAAAGUCGUCAAAUCCAAAACCGACCAAUGGACAACAACCAGCAACCACCUCCCUCCGCCGCCACCGGAAUCCCUCCUCCUUCUGGAACCACCAUCUCCGCCGCCGGAGGAGGAGGAGCCUCUUACCACCACCUUCUCCAGCAACAACAACAACAGCUCCAAUUGUUCUGGACCUACCAACGCCAAGAGAUCGAACAAGUUAACGAUUUCAAAAACCAUCAGCUCCCACUCGCUCGGAUCAAGAAGAUCAUGAAAGCCGAUGAAGAUGUUCGUAUGAUCUCCGCCGAAGCACCGAUCCUCUUCGCUAAAGCUUGUGAGCUUUUCAUCCUCGAGCUCACCAUCAGAUCUUGGCUUCACGCUGAGGAGAAUAAACGCCGUACGCUUCAGAAGAACGAUAUCGCUGCUGCCAUUACUAGGACCGAUAUCUUCGAUUUCCUUGUCGAUAUUGUUCCCAGAGAUGAGAUUAAGGACGAGGCCGCCGUGCUCGGUGGUGGGAUGGUGGCUCCUCCUACCGCGAGUGGCAUGCCUUACUAUUAUCCGCCGAUGGGGCAACCAGCUGUUCCUGGAGGGAUGAUGAUUGGGAGACCGGCUAUGGAUCCGAGUGGUGUUUAUGUUCAGCCUCCGUCUCAGGCGUGGCAGAGCGUUUGGCAAACGUCGGCGGGGACCGGAGAUGAUGUCUCUUACGGUAGUGGUGGAAGCACCGGUCAGGGGAAUCUCGACGGCCAAGGUUAAAGCUCAGAGUAUUUCAGAUGAUGUGAGCUUACCCAGCUUGAAGACAGCAGAUAUUAGUCGACCUUGCCUUGAAUUUUGGUUGUGUCUAAUCGAUUAUGCCUGAAUUCAAUUUACCUUUACAUUUAAAAGAAAGAGUAAAUUAAACUCUUAUUCUUCUCUGUUAACUUAUAUGUUAUUGCAGCAAAACAGUCACUCGCUGCGACUUUGCCUAACUAUAUAUCUAGUGUGCAGUUUCUAAAUGUAUGCUUCUUCUUUUUUUUUUUUU